CAGGGCGGGGCGGCUCGGCCCGCGGCGGCCAUGGCGGCCAGGCGGGUUCCAUCGCUGGUGACCGCAACCUUCGGGGGACGACCUCCCGCCGCCCGGCCGGCACGGCCCCUCUGGGUCUCGGCGGGGCUCCGCCAGCCCCUCGGGGUCCCCCUGUGCUCCGCUUCGGAGGGAGAGCGCGGCGAUGUCGGGCCCCGCGCGCAAGACAGCCCGGCGGGGGCGGAGAGGCGCCCGGAGACCGCAGCGUUAACGGCGGCCGAGCGACGGAUCGCGGACCUGCACGCGGCCGCCUGCGCGGCCCAGCAGCUGACCUACGCGGACCCGGCCACCGGCUACGUGGUGCUCACGCGGCUCGCCCACCUGCAGAGGGGCCGGUGCUGCGGGUCCGCCUGCAGACACUGCCCCUACGGUCAAGUCAAUGUGCAAGAUCCAGCUAAAAAGAAGAAAUUCAACUCCUGUUUCUAUGUCUGACAACAGAGUCGUCUCUGAUCGCCACUUCGUUCAACCUUAUUUGAAAAACACACACACCGCAAUUCAGAAUUGCUCGCGGCUCUGAGUGCUUGAGCACUGAUUUAAUUGUGUGUGUGUGUAUAUAUAUAUAUGCAUAUGUAUAUAUAUUAAAAGAACAUCAAUAAAAUGGAAAAA